UGAAAUAAAACAUUAGAUUUGUAUAAUAAUCACUAAAAAGCCGAUUAAAUGAGAUUAAUGAGUUGUGCAAAUAGAGAAUGACGUGAGCGCAGCACGUUUCGUAGCUGCGAGUAGCAACGGCAGCCGAAACUGUCGCCGCUCCGAGUAGUAUCAACAAUUGUAUUUUGUCGUCGUCGCUCGUCACGGCGACGGCGCUCUAGGUCGGACACCACUGAAUUCUAAUUGAAUUACCAACAACAGUUUUCGUCAAUACGUGAAUUAAAACGCGCCGUCCGUUUAACUGGAGAGUGGGACGAUGGUUUUCAUACGAGAUCCUUGCGGCGUAGCCUGUUUGGUUGUGACCUAUGGAGCCGUUUUCUAUGCGGACUAUGUGGUUAUGCGCUGGAUCAUACUGUCCACUAUGGCCGUGAGCAUUUGGGCGCCGUUUCAUGUUGUGCUCUUCAAUACGGUCGUCUUCCUGUUGGGCAUGUCCCAUCUGAAGGCUGUCUUCUCCGAUCCAGGCACUGUGCCGCUGCCCGCCAAUCGCUUAGACUUCUCCGAUCUGCACACUACCAACAAAAACAAUCCCGGCAUCAAUCCGGGCAACGGUCACAACAGCAAUGAAUGGACGGUCUGUACACGCUGUGAAACUUACAGACCACCACGUGCCCACCAUUGUCGUAUUUGCAAGCGUUGCAUACGCCGCAUGGACCACCAUUGCCCGUGGAUAAACAAUUGUGUGGGCGAGCGUAAUCAAAAGUAUUUCCUGCAAUUUCUCAUCUAUGUGGCCAUCUUAUCGGUAUAUUCGUUAGCACUAAUUGUGUCCACUUGGGUCUCACCCUGCGCGGAAUGCAAUCAAAAUGUGAUUGAAUCGCAGCUCCGCAUGAUUCACUCUGUUAUCUUGCUGUUAGAGUCGGCGCUGUUUGGACUCUUCGUCACCGCCAUUAUGGUCGAUCAACUGCACGCCAUCCUCUACGACGAGACCGCCAUCGAGGCAAUACAACAGAAGGGAGCGUAUCGCCCGAAUCGUCGCAAAUAUCAGCUGUUGGCCGAUGUGUUUGGUCGGGGACAUCCAGCGUUGUGGUUGCUACCCUGCACUAGUUUGAAUCAUGCGUCACGCUAUCAUGAUACACCGCUGCUUAGUCACGAUGUGUAGGGUGGAGGAGGAGGCUGCUGGUGCUCGUCUGGUGUGAUACUUGACAUGGUAAAUGGAGCAUAGAGAGCUGAUAUAAACUGUUAUUAUCUACGUUUUGUUCUCCGUAUGACCAGCCCAAGAACGUUUUUAGUUUUAUAUGUAUAGUAUAUACGUAUUAGCCUUCUAUGUCAAGUUAAAACGAAAGUUAAACCUUUUGUACGUGCGUGUGUGUAUGUAUUAUAUACCGAUUCCAAUGUUAAAUUACGCUUUAAUUUAUAAUCAUUUUGCUACUAUGAAUAUAACAGUGAAGCAUGUGAGUGGAAAGUAUUGAAAAAACCAAUCAGAAACAAAUUGCAGACUCAAAUCAAAAAUGAAAUGAUAUUUUUUAAUGAUUGUACAUUACUAUAACUAUUAAAUUUGAUUUAAAAUACGUAGACAACAUUAAUGAACGGUAAUGGUUAAAAAUAUCGAUUAGUAAAUAUCAGCGUACUUCUUGCAUUUAAGGAAGAGAGAGCGAAGCGAAACAAACAAACAAACAAAACUCAUAAACAUAAACCAAAACGCAAUAUUUAAGGCAAAGAAAAGCAAAAAACAAUGAAACAAUACCCAUUGAUACUAGUUGUGCUUGUAUUAGCUGUAAGCCGUGUAUCUAAUUAAUUUAACAUGCAAAACUACUUUUUAGUUUUUCCUGUAAUUUUACUUUUUGAGCAAUAAAAUUGUUCAGCGCCAAAACCAAAAAUGCUGGCAACUAAAUGUAAACUGAACAAACCACAACUGAAAA